UGUGAUUGGUUGUAAUCGGCCUUAACGUCAGUGGUGUACAGACCCAACCUAAAUGGACAGAGUGUACUGGCGCGUCGACAGGUAGUCAUUCAAGUGCGUAUUCCCGUUAACUCUGUGUCAAGCGCGGUUAUCGACAUGGGAAACCCCAAGGUUUUCUUUGACAUCACUAUUGAUGGAGCAAACGCUGGAAGGAUUAUAAUGGAGCUCCGAGCGGAUGUGGUCCCCAAAACUGCAGAAAACUUCCGUGCUCUCUGCACCGGGGAGAAAGGCUUUGGUUACAAGGGCUCCACAUUUCACCGCCUCAUCCCUAAAUUCAUGUGCCAGGGGGGAGACUUCACUAAACACGAUGGAACUGGAGGCAAAUCCAUCUACGGGGAGAAGUUUGGUGACGAGAACUUCCAGUUGAAGCAUCAAGGCAUGGGCACCCUGUCCAUGGCUAACGCUGGGCCAAACACCAACGGGUCCCAGUUCUUCAUCUGCACCGACAGAACUGACUGGCUGAACGGGAAGCACGUGGUGUUUGGAAGUGUUGUGGAGGGCAUCGAUGUUGUCAAGGCAAUGGAGAAGCAAGGCACAAAGAGUGGCACUCCUAAGGUCAAGGUUGCCAUUGCAGACUCCGGUGAAUUAAAUUAGUGCGACAAGGCUCCUUAUGUUGCAUCCUUUAUCAUCCACAUCCCACUUAAUGUGAGGUGGUGAAUAUCUGCAGCAUCAGAGGAAAAACGCCCAAUUAAUUCCCUUUCUCUCCUAUGUUAUUUGUUGUGUAAUAUUUUGUACCUGCUUAUCUGUUCUAUAAGGACCACAUUUGUUAACUAAGUCUGGAUAAAAUGAUCCUAAUGGUGUAAAUAAAAAAAUAAAAAUGUAA